AUGCGAUGCGCGAGCAAGGCCGCCGAGAGCGCGUCCGCACGUUUCUGUGCGGACGCCGAAGCAGAAACCACAGCAACUGAUGUCUCAUCGGUUGCUGAAGCGACCCAGCCUGUGUCACUUGGUGAUGCAGGCGCUGGUCAUGAAGACACUCAUGUCUUCACAGAGUACGAGCUCGGUGUCUCGUACUCUCCUGAUGCGGAAGACGGAUCCGUAUCGACGGCGAUUGAAUCUAAGCCGCCUGCCAAGCGUGGCAUGGACGAUGCUUUGCGUCGCAGCAUCUUUGGUUUAUUUGAUGAAUCAGAUGAACCAUCGCCGAAGCAAAGGCGCUCGAGGUCGCGAGACUCGGGCGCUAACAGUGGUGUCGGUUCUCCUAUGGACACCACUUCGCAACGAGGUACCAGUACUUCUGUCGGCACAUCGCAGGAAGAGCGGGAUCGCAAUGUCUUGCGUCUCGCUCCCGAGAAGAAGGCAUGUAUGCCUCCAAAAUCUGUCAUGGAUCACUUGUCGGUGACGACGAGUGAUCGUUAUCGAACACGAUUGUUCGAUUCGUCAAGAUCCAUCACCUUGACCCCAGCGCGAAAAACUAUCGCGCUGAGAAUGAUUUCUUCAUCGAAGCUUUCUUCAAACAUCGAUGGUACAGUGGGAAUCACAAGCGUGAUGGUCCCUCACUACUUCAAGCGUGGAACGCCUACAUCCAUAACCUUGAGGAUGUAG